AUGAGCGCCUCUCAAUUAAGCCGGGAGGCAGAACCAUCCCUUGCACAACUGUCCUCUUCCAAGUCAGAGCCCCAGCAGCAACGCGCAACAUGGCCCCCUUGCCAAAUCCCAAUGGACGUCUCGGCUCCUUCAGACUUCGUCUCAAACUUCGAUGAGUGGAUGAGGGCUCAGCGCGCGCGCGCACCAGCUCGCGCGCGCACCGUCUGCCCGCGCUGGGAGCAGCGGGUUCGAGACUUGAUGAAGAGUCCCCAGGUCAAAGCAGAGCACGAGGCGUAUCUGCGAGAACUAGGGGUGGAGGAAGAUCUGGAAGAGGCGCUGCCGCCGGUGAUCCCAGGGACGGACUGCUUCAACCCGGUGCUGGAGAAGUUCUGGCUGCCUCUCGCGAGGUACGUUCUCUUUGCGGGGUAUUCCCGUCUUGAGUACACCGAACUCCCCGACAGCACGGCCGUCUUGCUCGUCAACGCGCGCGUGCGCGACACCAUCUGCUGGUCCGUCCCGACGCUUUCCGUUCUCCGCUACAUGAUAGAGUCCGCUCCGGAGGGGCGGAUCCUGGACGUGGGAGCCGGAACGGGUUACUGGAGCGCGCUCUUGGCCGGUUUGGGGGCAGAUGUGGUUGCGGUUGAUGACUUUUCGUGGUGGCAAGAUAGGCCGGAGUUUAUGGCGAGAUGGGGAGAGGCGAUACGGGGAAAGCCGGCGCCGCCGGGAGCGGAAUCCUCAGGCAGCCGGAACGGAACGCCCGGUGGGGAUGGAGCUGAAACGGCCGGAGCUGAUGCUGGUGGGAGUGAAGCCGGAGGGGAACACGACGGAAGCUCCCAAAUGCGGCCCUUUUACUUCGACGUUCGAAGCGAGGACGCUGCAAAUUACAUCGAGUCAGGCAAGGCCGGCGACCGCGCGCUCCUCUUCAGCUGGCCCGCCGGAGUGAUGCACUCCGUCGAAUGUUACACGGGAGAGACCAUUUUUUUCAUUGGAGAAGAUCCGGACGGCGCCACAGAUCACAUGCAGAAUCACGAAUCCUUUCGCGAAACGUGGACGGCGGUGCACCGGAGCGGAAUGCCCUGCUGGCUGUUCAAGCACGACGAGUUUGUGGUGUACAAGCGUACUUCGUCGCUUUCAUAG